UUGAUCCAGGGCUGGGGACUGAAAGGGACUGUGUCGCCGAGGAAAGCGUGGGACCGAGGUGCGGACAGUGCGCGCCACCGCUAGCUCUGCGCGUGCGCCGCUGGCGCGCCCGGCUGACAGGUUCUUUAAUGGAGCAGCCAGUCUACCUGCAGACCUGGUUUCAUCUAAUGAGCUACACACACCAUCCCUGAGGCCAGUCAGUCAUUUCCCCAUCCAGGCCCAGAGUGCUUGGUCAUCCUCACAAUGUUGGACUUCCUAGCUGAGAACAACCUCUGUGGCCAGGCCAUCCUCAGGAUUGUUUCCUGUGGCAAUGCCAUCAUUGCUGAGCUUUUGAGGCUCUCUGAGUUUAUUCCUGCUGUAUUCAGGUUAAAAGACCGAGCUGAUCAACAGAAAUAUGGAGAUAUCAUAUUUGAUUUCAGCUAUUUUAAGGGUCCAGAGUUAUGGGAAAGCAAACUGGAAGCAAAGCCAGAACUACAGGAUUUAGAUGAAGAGUUUCGUGAAAACAACAUAGAAAUUGUGACCAGAUUUUAUUUAGCAUUUCAAAGUGUGCAUAAAUACAUUGUAGACUUAAACAGAUACCUAGAAGAUCUCAAUGAAGGUGUUUAUAUUCAGCAAACCUUAGAGUCUGUGCUUCUCAAUGAAGAUGGCAAGCAACUUCUAUGUGAAGCACUGUACCUGUAUGGAGUUAUGCUACUAGUCAUCGACCAAAAGAUUGAAGGAGAAGUCAGAGAGAGAAUGCUGGUUUCUUACUAUCGAUACAGUGCUGCUCGCUCUUCUGCUGAUUCAAAUAUGGAUGAUAUCUGUAAGCUACUUCGAAGUACAGGUUAUUCCAGUCAACCAGGAGCCAAAAGACCACCCAACUAUCCUGAGAGCUAUUUCCAGAGAGUACCUAUCAAUGAGUCCUUCAUCAGCAUGGUCAUUGGUCGCCUGAGAUCAGAUGAUAUUUACAACCAGGUCUCAGCAUAUCCUUUGCCAGAGCACCGCAGCACUGCCCUGGCAAACCAAGCUGCCAUGCUGUAUGUGAUUCUCUACUUUGACCCUUCCAUUCUUCAUACCCAUCAAGCAAAAAUGAGAGAGAUAGUGGAUAAAUACUUUCCAGAUAAUUGGGUAAUUAGUAUUUACAUGGGAAUCACAGUUAAUCUAGCAGAUGCCUGGGAACCUUACAAAGCUGCAAAAACUGCUUUAAACAAUACCCUGGACCUUUCAAAUGUCAGAGAACAGGCAAGCAGGUAUGCUACUGUCAGUGAAAGAAUACACGCUCAAGUGCUGCAGUUUCUGAAAGAGGGUUAUUUAAGGGAGGAAAUGGUUCUGGACAACAUCCCAAGGCUUCUGAACUGCCUGAGAGACUGCAACGUUGCCAUCCGAUGGCUGAUGCUUCAUACAGCAGACUCAGCCUAUGACCCAAAUAACAAACGUCUUCGUCAGAUUAAGGACCAGAUUCUAACGGACUCCAGGUACAAUCCCAAGAUCCUCUUCCAGUUGCUGCUGGAUACUGCACAAUUUGAGUUUAUACUCAAGGAGAUGUUCAAGCAAAUGCUUUCAGAAAAGCAAACCAAAUGGGAGUAUUACAAGAAAGAGGGUUCAGAACGGAUGACUGAGCUUGCUGAUGUCUUUUCGGGAGUGAAGCCCCUAACCAGAGUGGAGAAAAAUGAAAAUCUUCAAGCGUGGUUCAGAGAGAUCUCGAAACAAAUAUCAUCUUUAAAUUAUGAUGAUUCUACUGCUGCAGGCAGAAAAACUGUACAGUUAAUACAAGCUUUGGAGGAGGUCCAAGAAUUCCACCAGUUGGAAUCCAAUCUUCAAGUAUGUCAGUUUCUUGCCGAUACUCGCAAGUUUCUCCAUCAAAUGAUCAGAACCAUUAACAUUAAAGAGGAGGUUCUGAUUACGAUGCAGAUCGUCGGGGACCUUUCUUAUGCUUGGCAGUUAAUUGACAGUUUCACUUCCAUAAUGCAGGAAAGCAUAAGGGUAAACCCAUCCAUGGUCACCAAACUCAGAGCUACAUUCUUAAAGCUUGCCUCUGCCCUUGAUCUGCCCCUUCUUCGUAUUAAUCAAGCAAACAGCCCCGACCUCCUGAGUGUGUCUCAGUAUUAUUCUGGCGAGCUGGUGUCGUACGUAAGGAAGGUUUUGCAGAUCAUUCCAGAAAGCAUGUUUACAUCUCUUCUAAAGAUCAUAAAGCUUCAGACCCACGAUAUCAUUGAAGUGCCGACCCGCCUGGACAAAGACAAGCUGAGGGACUAUGCUCAGCUUGGCCCACGAUACGAGGUUGCCAAGCUCACUCACGCUAUUUCCAUCUUUACGGAAGGCAUCUUAAUGAUGAAGACGACUUUGGUUGGCAUCAUCAAGGUGGAUCCAAAGCAGUUGCUGGAAGAUGGAAUCCGGAAGGAGCUUGUUAAGCGUGUUGCUUUCGCCCUUCAUAGGGGGCUGAUAUUCAACCCUCGAGCCAAGCCAAGUGAAUUGAUGCCUAAGCUGAAAGAGCUGGGAGCGACUAUGGAUGGAUUCCAUCGUUCUUUUGAAUAUAUACAGGACUACGUCAACAUUUACGGUCUGAAGAUUUGGCAAGAAGAGGUGUCUCGUAUCAUAAACUACAAUGUGGAACAAGAAUGUAAUAACUUCUUAAGAACAAAGAUUCAAGACUGGCAAAGUAUGUACCAAUCUACCCAUAUCCCAAUACCAAAGUUUACCCCUGUGGAUGAAUCCGUGACAUUUAUUGGUCGACUCUGCAGAGAAAUCUUGCGCAUCACAGACCCGAAAAUGACAUGUCACAUAGACCAACUGAACACUUGGUAUGACAUGAAAACUCACCAGGAGGUGACCAGCAGCCGCCUUUUCUCAGAAAUCCAGACCACCUUGGGGACUUUUGGUCUGAAUGGGUUAGACAGGCUUCUCUGCUUUAUGAUUGUAAAAGAGUUACAGAAUUUCCUCAGUAUGUUUCAGAAAAUUAUCCUGAGAGACAAAACUGUUCAGGAGACUUUAAAAACCCUCAUGAAUGCUGUCAGCCCCCUAAAAAGUAUUGUAGCAAAUUCGAAUAAAAUUUACUUUUCUGCCAUUGCCAAAACACAGAAGAUUUGGACUGCUUAUCUCGACGCUAUAAUGAAGGUUGGGCAGAUGCAGAUUCUGCGACAGCAGAUUGCUAAUGAAUUAAAUUAUUCUUGUCGGUUUGACUCUAAACAUCUGGCAGCUGCUCUGGAGAACCUCAAUAAGGCUCUCCUAGCAGAUAUUGAAGCCCAUUACCAGGACCCUUCACUUCCUUACCCCAAAGAAGAUAACACACUUUUAUAUGAGAUCACAGCCUAUCUGGAGGCAGCUGGCAUUCACAACCCACUCAAUAAGAUAUACAUAACUACAAAGCGCUUACCCUAUUUCCCAAUUGUCAACUUUCUCUUCUUGAUUGCCCAGUUGCCAAAACUUCAGUACAACAAAAAUUUAGGAAUGGUCUGUCGAAAACCUGCUGACCCUGUGGAUUGGCCACCACUUGUCCUGGGACUACUCACUCUGCUGAAGCAGUUUCACUCCCGGUACACCGAGCAGUUCCUAGCGCUGAUUGGCCAGUUUAUCCGUUCCACAGUGGAGCAGUGUACAAGCCAGAAGAUCCCUGAAAUGCCUGCAGAUGUUGUGGGUGCCCUUUUGUUCCUGGAGGACUAUGUUCGGUACACAAAGCUACCCAGGAGGGUUGCUGAAGCACAUGUGCCUAAUUUCAUUUUUGAUGAAUUCAGAACAGUCCUAUAACUUGUUUCUCCUACUUCUUCAAUGAAAGGAUUGUCCUGAAAUCUUAUCACUAAAAUGAAUUUGGAAAUGAGAUGAAACUUAACUGCUCAUAUAACUGUAUUUUUUUGCCUUUACUGUGGAAAACAUCAGACAUUCUGAGUAAGAUGGUAUCUUACGGCACUAGCUAUUAUGUAAAUCAUGGCAUUAUAUGCGGUUUAUAUCCUGUAGAAGCAAGACACAGUUUUGUACUGCCUCUUAUAAAUGUUGAAUGUAACUGUAUGUAUAAAUCCAUUUAGUUCUGUGUUCUAAAGAACUAUUUGUUCAACCCCAGAUUUUCAGUAAAAUAGUACUGCUAGUA